GUCCUGUCAGCCGUCUUAAAUCGGUGUCUCGCACCACCUCUGGCUCGCCAGCGCAUUCGGCGUAGUGCAAUACUUGCGCAAGAAAGCUGUUUUUGCUGCUGCGUUGCAGCGCUGCGCUCUUGACGUCAUCUCAGAGAGCACAAAGCCACGCUGUCAUCGGCUCUUUUCUAAACUCCUCCGCGCAACCCAUCUGAAACAAUGGUACGCACUCGUCUCCUCGCGCUUUGCGCCGUCGCGGCGUCAGCGUUCGCGCCGCGGCCGUACGUCGGCGUCACCGCCAGCCGCCGCACACCGGCCAGCACGGUCGUGAUGAUGGGCACGGCGAAGAACGGGAUUUUUUCGCCCAUUGUUCGCCUCGCCAAGCGUUUGGUGGGCAAGGAGCGGUUCCUGAGCUUCCGCGGCCGCGUGAUCGGCGCGCACACGAAGGUCAUCCAAGCUUUCGUCGACACGAGCGACUCGCCGUUCGGUUGCUUGGCGCUACAGAAGCUCUUCGAACUCGCGGACCUCGACGGCGACGGCACCGUGGACCGCGACGAGCUCGAGCGGGCGCUGAAGAAGCUCGGGUUCUACCACUUAUCUGAGGCGCAGAUCGACGCCAUCAUGAAGCGGGCGGAUGAAGAUGACAAUUGCGUCAUCGACUACGACGAAUUCGUCAAAGAGGCGCCCAGCUGUGUGGAAAUCAAAAAUUAUUACGGCGCGUUCGUGCUGAAUCGUCGCGUCGACCUCCACGCCAUCGACGCGACGCCUGCUCGCCCAACACUGGUUGAUUUCCACACAGGCGCCCAAAACCCUGAAGACGAACCUCGUCAAGCUCGCGAAGAACAACGGCGCGGAGCUGGGCUUCCUGAGCUAGCCGGACAAUUCAUCCCCGCCCGGUGUCGGGCGGCCCAGGUGUAGUCCUGUUGUAAAAUAGUAAGCUAGUAGUACCACAAAAAACGACAAGCAUUAAGACAAACAACACUCCGCGUUGCACGCGCACGGCCCGUCGACCGUCGAGUGGCCGUUGUCGCAGGUCAAGACGCUACCAGCAACGGGCGCGUACGACCGGACGCGCCGCGGCCACGCCCACGCGGGCGCCGCGCC